CUGGCCCUCUCUUCUCUCAAACGUUCCAUUUUAUGGUCGUAAAUCUUCAUUUUUGUUGGGAUCCAACGUCCUCCCGCCAACGCAGAUUUAUCCCAAAAGGUUUAAGCUCCCACUCCCAGAGCACUCACUGCAUGCCGCUCUAAAACCCUAAACCUCCCUCCAGAGCUCCUCGAGUCUUUCUCCUCUCUCGCUCUAGAAUUCAAAACCCUAGGGUUCUCACACACCAGCCUUCUCCGAAAAUGAGCUUCGCGGCAUACAAGAUGAUGCACUGGCCGACGGGCAUUGAGAACUGUGCAUCGGGGUUCAUCUCUCACUCACGCUCCGACUUCGUGCCUCGAAUUCCUCCGAUUCAGACGGAGGACCUCGAGUCUGAAUGGCCCACCUCGCGCCGAGAAAUCGGCCCCAUUCCAAACCUCGUCGUCACCGCCGGGAAUGUCCUUGAAGUGUACGUCGUCAGAGUUCAAGAGGAAGAUGGCACCAGAGGCCCUAGGGCUUCAGGAGAACCCAAACGUGGUGGUCUCAUGGACGGCGUCUCUGGGGCUUCGCUUGAGCUCGUUUGCCAUUACAGAUUGCACGGUAAUGUGGUAACAAUGGCGAUAUUAUCUAGUGGAGGUGGAGAUGGUUCCAGAAGAAGAGAUUCUAUUAUUUUAACCUUUGAAGAUGCGAAAAUUUCAGUUCUAGAGUUUGAUGAUUCAAUUCAUGGACUUCGUACUAGCUCUAUGCACUGUUUUGAGGGCCCAGAGUGGCUUCAUUUGAGAAGAGGUAGAGAGUCAUUUGCAAGAGGCCCAUUGGUUAAGGUUGAUCCUCAAGGAAGGUGUGGAAGCAUUCUUGUUUAUGGUCUGCAAAUGAUAAUACUUAAAGCUUCUCAGGGUGGCUCUGGUUUGGUUGGAGAUGAUGAUAGUUUUGGUUCUGGAGGUGCAAUUUCUGCUCGUAUUGAGUCAUCUUACAUUGUUAAUCUACGAGAUAUGGACAUGAAGCAUGUAAAGGAUUUUACAUUUUUACAUGGUUAUAUCGAGCCUGUGAUGGUUAUCCUUCAUGAGCGGGAGCUUACCUGGGCUGGGCGUGUCUCAUGGAAGCACCACACUUGUAUGAUUUCUGCACUUAGUAUCAGCACAACUUUGAAGCAGCAUCCUCUUAUAUGGUCAGCUGUUAAUCUCCCACAUGAUGCCUACAAGCUACUUGCUGUACCAUCUCCAAUUGGUGGUGUUCUUGUGAUUAGUGCAAAUUCUAUUCAUUACCAUAGCCAGUCAGCCUCAUGUGCGUUGGCAUUGAACAGUUACGCUGUUUCUGCUGAUAACAGUCAAGAGAUGCCAAGAUCUAGUUUCACCGUGGAGCUUGACACUGCCAAUGCAACUUGGUUAUUGAACGAUGUAGCCUUGCUGUCUACAAAAACUGGAGAGCUACUAUUGCUUACCCUUGUUUAUGACGGACGGGUUGUGCAGAGACUUGACCUUUCAAAGUCUAAAGCUUCAGUACUUACGUCGGGUAUUACGAAAGUUGGAAAUUCGUUAUUUUUUCUGGGCAGUCGGUUGGGGGACAGUUUGCUUGUGCAGUUCACUUGUGGUGUAGGGAGCUCAGUGUUGUCAUCUGAUAUGAAGGAUGAGGUAGGAGAUAUUGAAGGUGAUGCCCCAUUGGCAAAGCGAUUGCGAAUGUCAUCUUCUGAUGCAUUGCAAGAUAUGGUUAGUGGCGAGGAGCUCUCUUUGUAUGGGUCAGCUCCAAAUAAUGCAGAAUCAGCUCAGAAGUCUUUUUCAUUUGCUGUAAGGGACUCUUUGAUUAAUGUUGGUCCUUUGAAGGACUUCUCCUAUGGUUUAAGGAUUAAUGCAGAUGCAAAUGCUACUGGAAUUGCUAAACAGAGUAAUUACGAACUGGUGUGCUGUUCGGGUCAUGGAAAGAAUGGUGCUCUCUGUGUUCUUCGUCAAUCAAUUCGUCCAGAAAUGAUUACUGAGGUUGAACUACCAGGCUGCAAGGGAAUUUGGACUGUUUACCACAAGAAUGCACGUGGUCAUAAUGCUGACUCUUCUAAAAUUGCUGCUUCUGAUGACGAGUAUCAUGCAUAUUUAAUUAUAAGUCUGGAGGCUCGUACAAUGGUACUUGAAACAGCUGAUCUUCUGAGUGAAGUCACAGAAAGUGUCGACUAUUUCGUGCAAGGGAGAACAAUUGCUGCAGGGAAUUUGUUUGGAAGGCGUCGAGUUGUGCAGGUUUAUGAACGUGGUGCUCGAAUUUUAGAUGGUUCUUUUAUGACUCAGGAUUUAAGCUUUGGAACUUCAAACUCUGAAAUGGGUUCUGGUUCAGAGAGCUCCACAGUGCUAUCAGUUUCUAUUGUUGAUCCCUAUGUUUUACUGAGAAUGUCUGAUGGUGGUAUCCGGCUCCUUGUUGGAGAUCCUUCUUUGUGCACUGUUUCUAUAAGCAUUCCAGCUGCCUUUGAGAGCUCAAAGAAAUCGAUAUCUGCCUGCACACUGUAUCAUGAUAAAGGACCUGAGCCAUGGCUCCGGAAGACAAGUACUGAUGCUUGGCUUUCCACAGGAAUUGACGAGGCUAUUGAUGGUGCUGAUGGUGUCUCACAUGAUCAGGGUGAUGUAUAUUGUGUUGUUUGUUAUGAAAGCGGUUCCCUUGAAAUAUUUGAUGUGCCCAAUUUCAAUUGUGUUUUCUCUGUGGAUAAGUUUGUAUCGGGAAAUGCACACCUCGUUGAUACAUUAAUGCGAGACCCACCAAAAGAUCCCCAAAAACUGAUCAACAAAAGUUCUGAAGAAGUGAGUGGCCAGGGCCGGAAAGAAAAUAUACAGAAUAUGAAAGUUGUAGAGCUGGCUAUGCAGAGAUGGUCGGGACAGCAUAGCCGUCCUUUUCUUUUCGGGAUUUUGAAUGAUGGGAUGAUUCUUUGUUACCAUGCUUACUUGUUUGAAGGUCCAGAGACUGCCUCUAAAACUGAGGAUUUAGCUUCUGCUCAGAAUACUACUGGUGUAAGCAAUCUUAGUGCUUCCAGGCUCAGAAAUUUGAGAUUUGUUCGUGUCCCCUUGGACACAUAUGCUAAAAAGGACACAUCAAAUGAGACAUCGUGCCAAAGAAUGACAAUUUUUAAGAACAUUGCUGGCUAUCAGGGGUUGUUCCUUUCCGGGUCAAGACCAGCUUGGUUUAUGGUGUUCAGAGAACGUCUACGCAUUCAUCCACAGCUUUGUGAUGGUUCAGUCGUUGCCGUCACUGUUCUUCACAAUGUUAACUGUAACCAUGGGCUCAUAUAUGUUACAUCACAGGGUAUUUUGAAGAUUUGCCAACUGCCGCCCAUCACAAGUUAUGACAAUUAUUGGCCAGUACAAAAGAUUCCGUUGAAAGGAACUCCUCAUCAGGUCACUUACUUUGCUGAGAAGAAUUUAUACCCGCUUAUAGUUUCAGUACCCGUUCAUAAGCCACUGAAUCAAGUUCUUUCAUCUCUGGUUGAUCAAGAAGUUGGCCAUCAGGUUGAAAAUCAUAACUUGAGUUCUGAUGAACUACACCGAACUUAUAGUGUUGAUGAAUUUGAGAUUCGGAUUAUGGAGCCGGACAAAUCUGGUGGCCCUUGGCAAACUAAAGCUACCAUUCCAAUGCAAACUUCUGAAAAUGCUCUAACUGUUCGAGUGGUUACACUUUUUAAUACAACCACAAAAGAGAAUGAAACACUUUUAGCAAUUGGGACUGCUUAUGUGCAAGGGGAGGAUGUUGCUGGGAGAGGACGGGUUCUUUUAUUUUCAGCUGGAAAAAGUGCUGACGAUACCCAGACCUUGGUUUCAGAGGUUUACUCCAAAGAAUUGAAGGGUGCCAUUUCUGCAUUAGCCUCACUUCAAGGUCAUCUGUUGAUAGCUUCUGGCCCUAAAAUUAUUUUACACAAGUGGAAUGGUACUGAACUGAAUGGUGUGGCAUUUUUUGAUGUUCCACCAUUAUAUGUUGUGAGCUUAAAUAUUGUCAAGAAUUUUAUCCUUCUCGGUGACGUUCACAAAAGCAUUUACUUUCUCAGUUGGAAGGAGCAGGGAGCUCAACUCACUUUAUUGGCCAAGGAUUUUGGUAACCUUGAUUGUUUUGCAACGGAGUUUUUGAUUGACGGAAGUACGCUGAGCCUUGUAGUUGCAGACGAGCAAAAGAACAUUCAGAUCUUUUACUAUGCACCAAAGAUGUCUGAGAGUUGGAAAGGCCAGAAGCUUCUCUCAAGGGCUGAGUUUCAUGUUGGUACCCAUGUGACUAAGUUCCUGCGGUUGCAGAUGCUCUCUACUUCAUCUGACCGAACAGGGACCAAUCCGGGCUCUGAUAAAACCAAUCGCUAUGCUCUGUUAUUCGGUACCCUGGAUGGGAGCAUUGGCUGUAUUGCACCUCUUGAUGAACUGACAUUUCGUAGGUUGCAGUCAUUACAGAAAAAGCUUGUGGAUGCUGUUCCCCAUGUUGCUGGUCUGAAUCCAAGAGCUUUCCGCCAGUUUCAGUCAAAUGGAAAGGCUCAUCGGCCUGGCCCUGACACCAUAGUUGACUGUGAGCUUCUAAGCCAUUAUGAGAUGCUUCCAUUGGAGGAACAGCUUGAAAUUGCAAACCAGAUAGGGACGACUCGUUCACAAAUUUUCUCAAACUUAAAUGACCUCUCCAUAGGAACGAGCUUCUUGUGACUUGAGUGCAUCACAUUUGAAAAUGAGCUUAGAGAGAGGGUGCACAUCAUUAUGUUUGGAUUGCCGCAUUCCUGGUAAGUUGGUAUUACCUUGUUCAUUCGUGAUUGUUGGUGUGAUCCGCAGAAUUGAGAUAAAAUUCGGCGAGGGGGUCGGAGAGAAUUGGGAAAUGUUGUAACUCCAAUGUUGUAUUUAUUAAUUUGUGCUAAACAAAUGAUGACUGGUCAUUACUUUUAGGUGACAAGCAUCAAGAGGUGCUAGCUAACCAUACUGCUAGGGUUAGAACUUUGUUCAGUUUUGCCAUGACGAGUAUAACAGACUAGCAACCUAGUGACUCGUUACCUCUGAAGAGUGUAUUUAGUUUUAUUCACAUGAAAUAACAUAUUGAUGAAAUUACCAUGA